AUGAAGUGGAUAAGUAAAAUCGCUUAUGGAACAGGUCAGAUGUUGAAAGAUCUAGUAGCUGGAGUGAUCAGUAUAUUCUACAUCAUCUUCUCUGAAGGUUGUAUUAAUCUGAGCAGUUCACAAGUUGGUGCAUUAUUACUAAUCGGUCAGAUCGCUAAUGGAUUAGCCACACCAUUGAUUGGUUAUUUAUCGGAUCGACCACUUGGUCAAACUAGAAAAUCAUCAUCACUAAAAAGUUAUCAAUUGAUACCAUGUGAAGAUGGAUAUGUCAAGAAGGAUAAGCGGUUUUUGAGUCGAAUGAAACGUCAAUUGAGACUUGGACAGAGAAAAUCAUGGCAUUUAGGUGGAUGUUUAUUGAUGCUUAUUGCAUUUCCAAUGAUGUUCGGACAACCGGAAUUUCUAGUUCAACUACCGGUUUGGGCGAAAUUAUUGAUCAACAGCAUUUUUAUGGUUUGUGUUCAGGUUGGUUGGGCAGCUGUACAAAUUCCUCACUUAUCAAUCAUUAAUGAUUUAACCGAUCAACAGGAUGAACGAGUACAACUUGCAUCGUUAAGAUAUUUCUUUGGUGGUAUUGGCCAUAUGGCUAUAUCGUUAGUAGCAUAUUUAUUUUUCAAAUCGGAUAGUUCUAAUUUGUCACUUCUAAAACUGACAAAUGAAACUGUUAAAAAUCAAAACGAUAGUCAAUUAUUCACAAAAACGCUAAUGACAAUUGACACUCUUGCAGAAAGUGAACGAAUAGGAUUAUUCAAUAAUUCAAUUACAAAUCAAUCAAUCAAUGUUGCAAAACAGUCAGCUCUACAUUCAGAACACAAUAUAACAAUUCAAGAUUUGCCUAUAUUUCGAAACGUUGCACUGAUUGUGGCUGGCAUUGGAUUGCUGUUCACAGUUAUCUUCCAUUGUGGUGUUCGUGAAGGAAAACCGAGGACACGUCUAGUUUCCGAGAUAACAUCUUAUGACAAUACUCUAGAUAAAUUCUCAGAGGUUAAUGGAAUCAACAACAACAACAAUAAUAACAACAAAUUCCUUGAUGUUAUUCAUGUUGCAGUUUCACGUGUUAAAUCAAAACGAAAACGAACUUACAGUCUUUCAUCUACACUUCCUUGGUACGCUUGGUUUACAUUACCACGAUUUUGGCUAAGCUGUUCUAUAUUCAGUAUAACGCGUCUGAAUGUAACUGUUUCUUUGUUGUAUUUGGGUCCAUUCUUGUUAAAUUCGUUGAAAAUGAAUAAAAGUUCAAUGGUUUCAGUUCCUUUAGUCACUGUCGUUUCCUGUCUGAUUACGUCAGUUGGUGUACAAAAGAUUACCAAGUUACUCGGGAAUUAUAUCGGUUCAGUUGUUGGUGUUCCAUUCAUCCUUGGUUAUUGUACAAUUGCAUACUUCUUGCAAUCAGCUGAAGACAACUUAGCAAUUUAUUUUGCUGCAGCUAUUCUAGGCAUUGGCAAUACAAUCAAUAAUGUUCGAGCAUUGGUUGUGAUCACAACGUUGAUCGGUGUCAAACAAGUACACACGGCAGCAUUUGUUCAUGGGAUCGCAUCAUUUGUUGACAAAAUCUCAACUGGUAUCUUCAUACAAUGUAUACAACUUUUUGUACCUCAAUUGACUUAUAAGCAUAUACAAGUGUAUAUAGUAGGUAGUUUGGCAGUAUUUGGUGGUAUUCUAUCAACAAUUGAUAAUUUUUUUUAUUCAGACGCUUCAGAGAGGAAGAAUACACCAUGUCUUUCUUGUUGUUGUCGACAGACAACCUCAUCAUCAUCUCCGACACCAACGAAAUAUCAGACUAAAAAGGUUGCUAAUCUCAAUAUCUACUACACUUUAUUUGAUAGUGUUAGUAAUUAUAAGGCCGAUCAUGAUAAUCAUGGAUGAUCCAAUUAUUUGUGUACCAUCCAAUCAAACAUCUUAUUUUUCGUCACUCUCUCUCUCAAUCUUUCACCUGAUCGAUGUACAUUCACACAGUUUCUCUUUCAACGUAAUUCUAUUUAUUAUGAUGCUUUCCGGAAUGAAAACAUACUUUUCUUUAAUAGUCUACUAUCGAACACUUUAUUUGACUUCUUUAGUAAAUAUUUUAAUUUUGUAUGCAUCAGGUUGUAAUAAUC